CAAACAGCAGCUGGGAGCCUAAGAAAGCAACUAACCAACCCGACUCCCAAUUUUUUCCUUUUUCCAUUUCCUUUUAUAAUCCAUUCACAUAACACACCACACAGGCCAGGGAGAGGGAAUCCGUUUUCUCUCCACCUCCAUUCGCUCUUCUUUCAAUUUUCGCGGUUUCUCCAAUGAGAUUAGAGCUGCUUGAGAGAAUUUCGCGGAAGAUUUCAAAAUUCAUUUGCCGUUGUUGCUAAGGCAUUGCCUGGUUGCACGUAAUCGGAUUCUGGGCUACAUUUAGACGACAUCGAAAACAGCCGAAAACACUGAAAUCUUGGAGCAGAAAAUCCAAGCGCUUUCGUCAUAGUUAGGUGUAGCUGGUUGUAAUGCAGAUAAUCUGCACAUGGAGUCAGUGAGGAUUCUUCCAGAGGCCACAAACAUUCCCGGAAAGAGACAGUGAAUUCUCACUCCCCAAGUCUUGCUGAGACCAAAGGUGAGAAAUGGGGGCCGCUGAUGAGGAGGAGCAGAUACAGGGGUCGAGUGGUGGUGAGGAGAAAAUUCUUGUUUCAGUUCGGCUGAGGCCUUUGAAUGAGAAGGAAAUUGUAAGGAAUGAUGUAUCAGAUUGGGAAUGCAUCAAUGAUAGCACUGUCAUAUAUAGGAAUAAUCUUUCAGUUUCUGAGAGGUCCAUGUACCCAACUGCCUAUACAUUUGACACAGUAUUUAGAUCUGAUUCCUCCACAAGGCAGGUGUAUGAGGAAGGAGCCAGGGAAGUUGCACUUUCAGUUGUCAAUGGUAUAAAUUCAAGUAUAUUUGCAUAUGGACAAACAAGUAGUGGAAAGACAUACACCAUGAGUGGAAUUACCGAGUACACUGUAGCAGAUAUAUAUGAUUAUAUAGACAAGCAUAAGGAAAGAGAAUUUAUUUUGAAGUUCUCUGCCAUGGAGAUUUACAAUGAAUCAGUACGAGACCUCCUUAGUAUGGAUACAACUCCUCUUCGACUUCUAGACGACCCGGAGAGAGGGACAGUUGUUGAGAGACUCACAGAGGAAAAACUAAGGGACUGGAAUCAUUUCAAAGAACUUCUAUCUGUCUGUGAAGCUCAGAGACAAAUAGGGGAGACUUCCAUGAAUGAAACAAGCUCCAGAUCUCAUCAGAUUCUGAGACUGACGAUUGAAAGUUCUGCAUGUGAGUAUUUAGGCAAUGGCAAGUCAAGCACCCUUGCAGCCACUGUGAAUUUUGUUGAUCUAGCAGGAAGUGAGCGUGCAUCUCAGUCUUUGUCAGCUGGCAUGAGGUUAAAAGAAGGGUGCCACAUAAAUCGCAGUUUACUGACAUUGGGGACUGUUAUCCGAAAGCUAAGCAAAGGAAGAAAUGGACAUAUUCCUUUCAGAGAUUCAAAGCUGACCCGCAUACUACAGUCUUCCUUAGGAGGCAAUGCUAGGACUGCUAUCAUCUGCACUAUAAGCCCUGCACGAACCCAUGUUGAACAAUCUAGAAACACACUCCUGUUUGCAAGUUGUGCUAAGGAAGUGACAACCAAUGCACAUGUCAAUGUGGUUGUGUCUGAUAAAGCAUUGGUAAAGCAACUGCAAAGGGAAUUAGCUAGAUUGGAGAGUGAGUUGAGAAGUACAGGAUCUAAUUCUGGUACAUCAGAUUCCACAGAGUUACUGAGAGAAAAAGAUCUUCAGAUUGAAAAGCUAAUGAGUGAGGUUUCAAAGCUGAAUCAGCAACUAGAAAUUGCUAAUUCUCGGGUUGUGAAUCUACUAAGAGUGGCUGAAGAUGAUGGAUCUUCUACAAUAUCAGCAGAUCCAGAUAAUCAUUACCCUAAAUUGCGAGUGCGAAAUUCAUUUAAAUCUGAAAAUUCAGUAUCAUAUUCACCUGCUUCAGAGGAUCCUCACUUCCUAAAUAUUAGUGUCAGGUCUUUUGAUGCAUCUCAGUGCUCUGCUGGAGACACUAGUAGCAAUUCUGAUGAGAACUUUAUCCAACUUGUAGACUUUGAAGAGAGUUAUGUUCAAAUAAAUUCCUCUCCUGAACUAUCAACCUGUACUUCUAAUCUCGUUGGUGAUGGUCAACAUGUGAAGGAUAGUGAAGAACUGACUUGUGAGAAUCCAGGCAAUCUUUGCAAGGAAGUACAAUGCAUCACAGUGGAUGAGUCAAGUGAAAACAGAUAUGCAAAUUCACGAAUGUCGGAGAAUAGCCCAAACAGAUAUGCAGAAUCUAAUUUUUCAUCUCCUAAUAUAAAUAUGGGCACCUCAGGAUUGACGGAGGUUGAGAAAGAAGAUGGAGAAAAUCAAGAAUUAGGGUCACCUCAGUUGAAGGAAGAGAAAGAGCUGAAUUGCUUGCAUUCUGAUUUUAUAAUACCAUCACCCGAAAGACCAUCUCCAUGGUUGCUGGAAGAAGGUGUGUCUAGAUCUAGAAGCUUGAAGAUGAUUAGGAGUAGAAGUUGUAGAGCAAGACUUAUGAGUACGCCAGCAUGUUUGUUUGAGAAAGUAGAAAAGAAUGAAAACACGCCACCUAUAGGGUUUGAAAAAGAUUUCAUUGGGAGAAAUGAGGGUUCUCAAAGAAAAUUUUCUGCAUUGAAGCCUGCUCAUGAUGCCAAAGAAUUAUCAAGAAAUGGCUCAUCGACUUCUGUGGGCAGUGCUGCUGUUGAUGAUUAUCAAAUUCAAAGUAUUGAAACUUCCAUUGAUUGGAAUAGUACUACCAGUGUUAGUAACUCACAGGCAGGAAUGAAAUACUUGAUUGAUCAAUUGGAACAAGAAACAAAAUCAGAAGCCAAUGAAUUGAGAAAGAAUGUGAAAGACGUUGGGUUGGAUCCAAUUCAAGAUGACUUAGAAAGUGCUGUGAAGUGGGCUUCAGAAUUUAAGAGGCUCCAACGGGAGAUUAUUGAACUUUGGCAUGCUUGCAGUGUCUCAUUGGUUCAUAGGACCUACUUCUUCCUGCUGUUUAAGGGUGAUCCAACAGAUUCUUUCUACAUGGAGGUUGAGCACAGGAAGCUGUCCUUUCUCCAGGACACAUUUUCCCGGGGUAACGAAACUCUGGUUGAUGGAAGAAGUCUAAGUCUCACUUCAAGCAAGAGAGCUUUAAAUAAAGAGAGGCAGAUGCUGUGUAGGCAAAUGCAGAAGAGGCUUUCUAGAGAAGAAAGAGAGAACAUUUUCCUGAAAUGGGGUAUUUCAUUGAGUUCAAGCAAUAGAAGAAUGCAGUUGGUCCAUCUCCUGUGGACUAAGACAAAAGACAUGGACCAUAUUACCGAAAGUGCCACUCUUGUUGCGAAACUGGUUGGUGUUGAAGGGCAAGAACAAACAUUGAAGGAAAUGUUUGGGCUUCUCAAUUUUACACCACAGCACCUAAGCAGGGGGAAAUCUUCUACUUGGAAGUGGAGUGUGUUGUCUAUUUGGUAAGCUUUUUGUGGAGUACCAUAGAGUAAAAAUUUCAUGGCUAAUUGAUGAUUAGACAGCACCAAACCAACAUGCAUAGAUAAGUAUUCAAUUUAAAGGUACUUUUUUAUUUGCAUUUUCUCAUUCUAACUGUAAUUGGUUGUGAGAGAGCUUGUAAAUCUGUUCAUGACAGAAAUGGUGUGUUAUUGCCAGGCUGAUGCGCUUCCAUUUUCUCCUUAAAAUUUUCUUCUUUUUGGCGUGUAAUCAAGAGGAAAAUAUGUAUAAUGAGAGUGUUAGAUAUGGUUCUGUGUGAACUUAAUAUGAAAGUUUCUUGAUUUUAGUGAUGACAUGUAUAAAUUUAGGAAAUUAUGAAUCUGUAUUGUGUGUA